AUGCAUUUCUCCAAGAUUGCCUUCUCCCUCGGCCUCCUCGCCAGUGCGGUCAGCGCUGCUCCCGGCUUCGUCAAUGAGGGUACCCCAGUCGUGGUUCGCGAAAUCAUCGACUACGGAGUUACUCCACUAAGCGGCAGUGACAUUGAAAAGCGCGAGAUUAUCGAUCUCGGCGUCACCUCGGCCAGCUACGACGAGCUCGAGAAGCGCGGCAAGAGCAACUACGUCUCCAGCUGCGGCAAGCACUGGAUGCCCAUCGCCGACGACACAAGCAAGAGUCACUCCGGUUACAAGUCCGCCGUGGAGCAGUACUGCUACCAUGUCACCCACAGCCAGGACGGUCUGCCCACCGUCAUUGGGCCCGGCCAGAAGCACGCUGCUAUUGUUCAGGGUGGUUACUAUCUCAAGGGCGAUGUUCCCGCUGCCGUUGAUUUCGAAAUCCACAACAAGAUGAAGGAUGGCAACCACACCCCAAACCAGUCUGACUGCGUGACCUUCCUUAUGAAGAUGGCCGACACCGACUCCAAGUGCUACGGCAAGAAGAACAAGGACACCAAGGGUGGCACCUGGCAGGUCGGCAGCAAGGAUGUCAGCUACCACGGCCUUCCUUAUGCCAACACUGCUUAG